GGGGAGGAAAAUAGAAGUGGAGAGAUAAGAUACCCAUUGGAGGUGUUUAUUUAAGUGGUGUCAUGUCUCUGGCACAUACCAACAACAGGGUUUGUCUGAGCUUUCUGUUUUGUGAGAGGCACACAAUACCUCAGACAAGCAUAGAGACCGUGGGGGAACAGAAAUAGGGUGCAGAGGGAUCAGUGGGGCUUCCUCUUUUUCUACAUUUUCUCAGUGUGUGUGACAGGGGCCAGCCAUGAGUAAACAGUCAACUCUGGCCACCUGUAUUGCCAAGAUGUAUGAUGGUGGCAGGCUGGAGAACUCUGGAACUCCAUCUGGGACAGUCAAGAAGCCAAGUCCAACUCUGAUAGGUAGCCUGAGCAAUGUGGAGGUCAAGUUAAACACCCUGGAGGGGAAGAUGGAACAGAUCGACCAUUCCCAGACGGAGGUGCUUCACAAGCUGAGUUCAUUGUGUCAAGGAAUGGAGGCGCUAGAAAGGAGCCUUAAGCAGCAGAGUGGUCAAGAAUCAAACGUGAUUAAAAAUGGCCAGCGAGAGAGCAACAAACUCCCCUUGCUGACUGAGGUCAGAUCGCUUUGUGGCGAAACUGUGGAUCUGCUUCAUAAUCUCAAGCACGAGAGCCAGGAGCAGAGAAAGAAGAUUGAAUGUAUGGAAAGUUCUUUGUCCACUCUGGAGAAAGUAUUAGGGUAUGUGGGUGAUGCUUUCCGUAACUCAAAAAUAGUGGAGUUCAUUCUCAAUGGUGUGGUGCCUUGGAGGAAACAAGGCCUUCUGUACACUGUGGAGGAAGAGAAAAACAAACCAGAUGACAACAGCAUUAGACCAAACAACAGUUUCUGCCACCAGAGCACACAGACGGAGGAGAUUAAAGAAGUACUUUCAGCUGAGACUGAACUCCAGGAGACAGAGGUCACUGUUCCCACUGUUCCCAGCAGCCUGUAUUCUCCUGAAGCCCUUACAGGAGAAAGUGAACCCCUGAUACCUGUUAGUACAGGAGAAAGCUCCAAAGCCUUUAAAAAAGCCAAAGAGGUGACAGUGAAAAGCAGAGCACCUUCGCAGUUCCAGACAUUUGCUCCUGAUGUCCAGCUGGAGGCCGAGGAGAAUGAAGUGCACUAUGUACCCAAACAAGAGACAGACGCUGCGCCAGCUAAUGCUGAAUGUGUCACUGUGACAACAACUAACGUGGAAAAAGAUUUAGCUCUUCAGCAAGAGAGGUCUCUUGAACAGGCAGAUGCUUCACAGGUUGGUGAGAAGGCUUCACUCAAGGCAAUAGUUCCUGAACAACAAGUGGAGCCGAAGGAUGAGGAUCCUCAAAACCAGGCAGAGGUUUCACAGGCUGGUGAUAAUGCCUCAUUGAAACCAUUCUUUCCUGGACAGCAACUGGAUAAGAAUCUGGAUGUUCCUCACAAACCUAUGCUCUGCACCAAAGAGCCUUUCAAUAAGGAUGUAGAGGUUGAGUCACAACAUAAAAAGACAGUGGAAAGGGUAACACCUGUACCAAAGCAUGAUGAGAGAAAGACAGAAACUGAACCAGCUAACAAGAAAAACGAAAAUAAAACAAUUGAGAAGAUUUCGGAGUCUGACCCAAUGAAGAACUGUGCAGCUCCUAGUUCUCAAAACACAGCCGUUGUUGAGGAAGUAAAAGCAAAAUCAUCACCUCUGAGAAAAGCUGAGUCACAGCUACUGAUCAUUGAUGACAGUCCACCUCUUCCAGCCCCGUUUGAGCAUCGCAUCGUCAGUGCCAAGCAGGUUCCCAUGCAUUCAUAUUACGCCGUCAAACCCAAUGAGGUGCUGGGCGGAGGCCGCUUUGGACAGGUCCACAAGUGUGCUGAGCUGUCGUCAGGUCUUACGUUAGCUGCUAAGAUUAUAAAAGUCCGGGGAAUGAAAGAGAGGGAUGAAGUGAAGAAUGAGAUUGGAGUAAUGAACCAGUUAAACCACGUGAAUUUGAUUCAGCUGUAUGAUGCUUUUGAGUCUCGGACUAAUCUCACACUCAUUAUGGAAUAUGUGGAGGGUGGUGAAUUGUUUGAACGAAUCAUUGAUGAGAAUUACCAGCUGACGGAGCUGGAUGCCAUCGUGUUUACCAGGCAGAUUUGUGAGGGGGUUCAAUACCUUCACCAGCAGUACAUUCUCCAUUUAGAUCUUAAGCCAGAAAACAUUUUAUGUGUGAGCAGCACAGGGAAUCAGAUCAAGAUCAUUGACUUUGGACUCGCCAGAAAGUAUAGACCCAGAGAAAAGCUGAAGGUCAACUUUGGAACCCCAGAGUUUCUGGCACCAGAAGUUGUCAACUAUGACUUUGUGUCAUUUCCUACAGACAUGUGGAGUGUUGGUGUCAUCACAUACAUGCUUCUGAGCGGCCUUUCUCCAUUUAUGGGUGACAAUGAUACAGAAACAAUGAACAAUAUUCUGCACGCCAAGUGGGACUUUGAUGCAGAGGCAUUUGAGAAUGUGUCAGAAGAAGCCAAAGACUUCAUUUCCAGCCUUCUUGUGCCCGCCAAAUGGUAUUCAUCCAUCCAUCAUUAUUACACUAAUGCAAAACCUUAAAGUACAGAACAUACCUUAAGUCACGCUUUCUAUUGCACAUAGGUUAUUUCUCCUACUUUUCUAGCCUGCUCUCUCGUGGCAUUAAGAGCCUCACUUUUCUCUUCCAUCUCUCAAUCAUUGCCCCACUUUGACCUGCUCAGGUUCCCUUAAAGGGGUCAUAUGAUGCGAUUUCAAUUUUCUUUCUCUUUGGAGUGUU